GAAUUGCUCUCUGAGCGGAGAAGGCGCCAUCGGAAUAGGUGCAGAGGUUCCUGGAAAGGAGACCCCCUGCACCCUCGGAUUUAUCGAGCUAUAGCUUCGGUGGAUACCGAAUUAAGAAUCCCCUGGAAUGGGAGUCAAGAUUGACUUUUAUUUGGGAAGAAAGCCAUUUAAAACUGCUGGUCAGCGCUGAGACCCCUAUGGCUCUGAAUUUCAAUAAUACAACUGAACAGAAGAACAUGUCGCAAGACGAUUUAAUUAACUGUACCAAUAAGCAUGACAUUCACCAAUAUCUGUUCUCUUGGGUGUACAUCCUUGUCCUAAUAAUUGGGUUGCCCACAAAUCUUUAUUCAUUAUAUCAUGCUUGGCAACAGCUCAAGGCCAGAAAUGAGCUGGGAAUCUAUCUGAUCAACUUAACUGUCUCCGAUCUGCUGUACCUGUCCUCCCUGCCCUUAUGGCUACAGUACAUUUUUCUGGGGGACGACUGGAGACACAAUGAGUGGCUAUGCAAGGUGUGUGGGUUUCUGCUGUAUGAGAACAUCUACAUCAGCAUCGGGUUUCUUUGCUGCAUCUCGCUUGACCGCUACUUAGCGGUGGUACAUCCCUUUCGCUUCUCUUGCCUCCGGACCAUGAAGGCCGCAGCUCUGGCCAGCAUCUUCAUCUGGAUCAAGGAGAUUGGCAUUAGCAUGGCAUUCUUUUUCAGGAAAGAGCUGAGCACAGACAAAACCAAUCACUCCAUUUGCUUCGAGCACUACCCUAUGAGGUCUUGGGAAAAGCCAGUGAACUACUACCGCUUCUUCAUCGGUUUCCUCUUCCCCCUUGGGAUGCUCUCCUGGAGUUACUGCAGAGUGCUGAUGGCAGUGAACAAGAGUACUGGCACCCAGACCUCUCAGAAAAGCCGCAUCAGACACCUUGUUAGCAGUACAAUUUUGAUAUUCCUGUGCUCUUUCUCUCCCUACCACAUCUUCCUGUUGGUUCGGACAAUUUUUGAGACGAACUGCGAUUUUAUUGAUAUGAUCUUCAACUACUAUCAUUUUUCCUUGAUGCUGACCAGUUUCAACUGCCUGGCAGACCCUGUGCUUUACUGUUUUGUCAGUGAACAUGCUCAGAGGGACAUGCAAUGGGUAAAAGGGUUCUGUACCCAACUCUUCUGCUGCAAAAGGGAAGGCACCACAGACUUCAGUGACACCCACACACCACAUGAGAAUGGAGCGUCUGGUAUAAUAUUAUUAAAUACUAAAGAGGGUGCUUAAGCACCAGAGAACACAAGGACACAGUUACAAACAAGAAGAGGCUUGUUUUUUUACAAAAUCGUCACUUGCAGAGAUGUGUGCUCGAGAUGUGUUUGUUUUCUGUUUGCUGGUGUUGAACUUCUUUUCUCAGGGAACUUCUAAUGUUUAGUGAGAACAUUUGAAGGAAAUAGUUAAUGCCUCAGAACAUGUGGGCAGACAGAUAAAAUUAUCAGCAGAGAUGUCAUUUUCAAUUCAGGUAAAACAAUCUGCCUUCACAUUUUAAGAACUGCAAGAAUCUUUUGGCCUCUGUGUGCAUUGACUGGCUCUCUUGUGUCCUUCGUUUAAAAGCUGGACUCAAGUCUCAUUCAGGGGAAAAACAACUGAAUUUUUUUAAUUUGGCUUUCUCUUGAAGUUCUACUCAGAAAAUGUUUUGGCUUUAGAUGGGGAGGAAAAAGAUAAAUGAAACUGCAAGUCUAAACUCUUAUCGAUAUGUAAUAUUGUCAGUUUUUGACAUCACAGACCACAUUCAUAUCAUAAUCAUAUGGGAACUGAUGAAUAACUGACUCAUUCCUGCUGCUUGGAAUUCUGUCAGGCAGGUACAUUCCAUUCUGAGACAGGAGAGCUCUUUGUGAAACUCAUUGAUUUGAAACAUGCUGACCAUCCAUGAUGUUUCUUUGGGAGGAAAGGUCUUCCACGUGCGACAGACUUGAAACCUCAGGGAGUCUAAUCCCAUAAAAAUAUCUAACAGUGUGUUUUUUCCCCAGACGUAUCAUUUCAUGUAAAACCUGGGAAAUGCUUUUUAAGCCGGGAGAAACCACGGGCAUCCGAGAAACAAAAACAUCAUAAAGAAUUGGAAAAUCCAAACAAAAAUGUUCAUAACUGUCUCUCUUGACUGAUGUUCAUAACUGUUUCUGUCUACAAUACUGCUAUUAAUGUUUACAGUGAACCACUGCCUGCUUUACUGCCAUGAUUCAUAACAAAGCCUGGGCAAAGAACAAUAUCACUCAUUCUUCUCUGUAUAGUAACUCCAAAAUUCACCAGUGUAUUUGCCUCUCUGAACAGGAGCAGACUACUGUUUUAUUAAAUAUGGUUUUAUAUUAGGAACUAUACUGUACAUUUAACAGAUACUGACAUUUGAGUUGGGGAUAGGCAAUGAUUAUAUUGUUAUCGAUUAUUGUCUUAUUUGGACUCACUGGAUGAAAAAAUAAAUAUGGUGUAUUAUCUCAUAUGCAGUAUAAAUAAUCUCUUAUAAUACAUCUAAUUAAAAUCCUUCUUUUGGCAGCAUGAAAGCGAUCCCUGCACAUCACUGAAUGUAAAACACAAAACUUGUGGAAGACAAAUCAGAUUUAGGCUUAAGUCAGUUUUCCAGGCUUUGCAGGCUGCUUAGUAUUGCUACCUGAUUGCCUGAUGUUUCAGUUUUCUCCUUGUACUUCAGGGUGUCAGUUUAAUCUGUGAACACUGGAUAACAUCCUUUUCAUUUUUAUUUUUAAAAAUUCUUUUCAUUUUUAUACUUAAGUUGUUACCAAAUUGUAACUGCUUAAAUAAGUAGAUUACCAUGAUGUAUCAGGCAACACAUGUUACACGGCUUUCCCAGUGAAAGGAGAACUGUCGGUUGCCAUCAUACUUCCUCAUCAGUAACAGCAGCUUGUUGCAAAAGAGGAAACAUUCAUCAGAGAUGCAGUUAUAAUGUACUGCAAUGUCAGUCUAGCUCACUGUGAAGAAGAAUUUGCAAAGCUUUAAAGUCUCUCAGACUCUUGGAAGUCGAGGAAUAUAUGGCGAUUGCCAACCUUUGGAAAAUACUUUGUUAAAAUGGGUGGAAGGUCCGAGGUGCAUCAGUCAUAGGAAAAGGAAAUUGCUAAACUGUGGAUUAAUGUAAUGGGAAUAUGCCCUCAGGCCCCUCAUUAACUCUCAAAAACAUUAUAGAGAGUGACACAUUUUUAUAACUUUGUCCUGGUGUAAAGCCUGUCAAUGAUUCUCCCUGUAAUGCAAGUAAGGUUAUCAGCUGCAUCUUAAAUACCUCUUUUUUUCUCCAUAACGUGGUGAAGUUCAGUGUGAAACAUGUACAGUAAGUGUUAAUAACAUGGACCAUUUAAUUACAAUUCUAUAGUCUACAGUGCAAUUUGAAGCUUACAUUAAAACAGUAUACAUCCACCUCAUAAACUAUCACUGAAAAUGGGAAUGCUGUAUAAUGUACAGUAGCUGAAAUUGCUAUCCCAUUACUGAUUCUCCUUGAAGCUCUAAAGUACAGCUGCUUGAAUUUUAAAAUUCUAGUCUCUUUCACUUUAACUGAGAGUAAAUGCCAACCCUAUGCAUGAAUGGGUUUUAAGGGAGUACCAUAGAUUCAUUGUGUGCAGAUUUUCUUAUGCUAUUACUAUAUUUGCAUAAAACAAACUUUGUUGAUGAAAUACAAAACAGCCUCCUCCUUAACCUUGCAGGAAACCAUGCUAAAUACAGUAUACGGCAUCUACGGUGUUUGAAGGAAAUGGAACUAUCAGAGUCAAUGCAUGAAAUCAUCUCUAAUUCUUCCUCAUGUGUAUGUGUGAUCUGACGAUCUCUUACUGGAUCUGAAAAAAGUCUAUUUUUCUAAGAACUUUAAAAGUUUUAUUUUUAUAUUGUCUGCUUAGCUAACUAUGUAUUGGCAGUUGGCCAUGGUGUGAUGUUUACAUUUCUUUGGCAGAUAUUUUUUUGAUAAUUGCAGUCAAUAAAUGAUAUUCCUUGUAAUUUAGUAGCAAGAACAGUGAAGAAAACGGCAAGCCAUACCAUUUUUCCUGUGUAAUUAUUGCUUGUAUUGCGUGACCAUUUUAAGGAUUUACAGUAGAAAUGUAAGUGGCUUUCUAACCGUCCUGUUCGUGGUGUUUUUUAAAUGUAAAAUGAGUUUCCCAAUUGACAGGCUCUAUUUUGGAUAGCCAUUAAAAUACCUCGAAAUAAACAAGUUUAUGCCCAUUUUAA